AAACGGGAGCUGCGGAGGGGAAGCGGAGGCCGGGAGAGGCUGAGGAGCCGGAAUGGUGUUUUUAACACUGACUAAGUGAAGUGUUACAAUGCUUGAGCAAGACAAAAAGAUUAAAGUUGCAGUAAAAACAUCAGACACCAAGCUCCAAAGAACUGCAGACAAAGAACACACAGAUCUCAAACGUCUGCUUAAUCUCCUGAAUGUACCAGCAAGCAAGCAGCAGUUGCCGGCUCUAAGUUUUGACAAAGGCCGUGGAAUUACAUCAAAAUCACAACAACAUUCUAUUCAGGGAAAGCAAAAUGGUGGAAACCGAUGUGGGGAGCAGCAGCAACAGUCAACUGAGGCUGUGGAGCUUGAAGCUUUUAGCAUCAGUUACAAGAAUGAAAGAAAAUUUAGUUGUCAUCCCCAGCACAAGCUGUUUCUGGAAAUUUUCACUGCACUGGUGAAGCAGAGACUCACAUGCAGAGAAUGGGUAGACCGAGUUCCACCUGCUAAUUUUCUCCGUGUGUUAAUUUGCCUGAGGUUAAUAAUGAGGGAUCCAUUUUAUCAGAAAAUUUUUGUUGAACUUGGAGGGGUCGAGAGCUUAGCACAGUACAUGGAAACAGUGGUACAAGGCUACCUUGGAUAUGGAGGUCAACAGUUUGUCAUUGACAGAUUAGUCACCGUGACUUAUAUUUUUCAAAAACUGGCAGCUGUCGUAGAACAAAGAGAACGGAUAAUUUCAUGUGGAGCGUACAAGACCCUAGUAAAGCUGCUGGCAGCCAAGGACAAUAAUGUACUACUGGGUGCGCUCCUUGCUCUUACCAGCUUAGCUGAAAGUCCUGAGUGCAGAGUGAAGAUAGGGGAACUUACAAUUGUAGAAAACUUAUUAGCAAUUUUACAAGAAUAUGACUUGCUAUCCAAAAGAAUGACUGCUGAGCUGCUUCGUCUACUCUGUGCAGACGCUCAAGUGAGAGAACAGAUUAAGAUCUAUGAAGGAAUUCCUAUUCUGCUCAGUCUGUUGCAUUCUGACCACCUCAAGUUGCUAUGGAGUGUUGUUUGGAUUCUGGUUCAGCUCUGUGAGGAUCCAGACACCAGCACUGAGAUUCGUUUAUGGGGGGGCCUCCAGCAACUCCUGCACAUUCUCCAAGGAGACAGAAACUUUGUAUCUGAUCGUUCGUCAAUUGGAAGUUUGUCUAGUGCUAAUGCUUCAGGGAGAAUUCGGCAGCUUCAAUUGUCUGAAAAGCUGAGUACUCAGGAAAUUCAAGAAAAUACACUCUCAUUGCAAGAAGCAUGCUGUGCUGCUCUUACUGAGCUGGUGCUUAAUGAUACAAAUGCUCAACAGGUUGUACAGGGGAAUGGCAUUUAUGUGAUAGGAAAGUUAAUUCUACCAAGCAAACAAAGAAAUGCUCCAAAAGUAGAUAUUUUGCAGUGUUAUGCAUUUAGAGCUUUGCGUUUUCUCUUCAGCAUGGAAAGGAAUAGACAACUGUUCAAAAGGUUAUUUCCUUCAGAUAUGUUUGAGAUGUUCAUUGAUGUCGGACAUUAUGCACGUGAUAUAUGUGCAUAUGAAAGCCUAGUAAAUAAGAUGAACUCUUUACCUGCUAAUGAACUAAAACAAAUCACGGAAAAUAUUGAAGGAAUUAACCAAAAUAAAGCUCCAACAAAAUUUAUCGGGAAUUAUGCCAUUUUAGACUACCUUGGAAGUGGAGCAUUUGGGAACGUUUUUAAGGUUCGGAAAUACAGUGGGCAGAACCUGCUUGCUAUGAAAGAAGUUAAUUUGCACAAUCCAGCUUUUGGAAAGGACAAAAAAGACCGUGACAGCAGUGUAGAAAUCAUUGUGUCUGAGUUAACGGUGAUCAGAGAACAGCUCCAUCAUCCAAAUGUAGUGAGAUAUUACAAGACUUUUGUGGAAAAUGAUAGACUGUAUAUACUAAUGGAAUUGAUUGAAGGAGCACCCCUAGGUGAACACUUUAAUUCCCUCAAGGAAAAACAACAAGAGUUUACAGAAGAACGAAUAUGGAAUAUAUUUAUACAAAUAUGCCUUGCACUGCGUUAUUUGCACAAAGAAAAAAGAAUUGUCCACAGAGAUCUUACACCUAACAAUAUCAUGCUGGGUGAGCAAGACAAGGUAACGAUAACUGAUUUUGGCCUUGCAAAACAGAAGCAAGAAAACUGUAAGAUGACUUCAGUUGUUGGGACUAUCCUAUAUUCCUGUCCAGAAAUAGUGAAGAGUGAACCGUACGGAGAGAAGGCAGAUAUUUGGGCUGCAGGAUGCAUACUGUAUCAAAUGGCAACUCUGAAUCCUCCUUUCUACAGCAGUAACAUGCUCUCAUUGGCAACAAAGAUUGUAGAAGCAGCAUAUGAACCAGUACCAAAAGGACUCUACUCUCACAAAGUACAAGAGACCAUCAAAAGAUGUUUGACUCCUGAUUCAGAAGCACGGCCAGACGUGGUAGAAGUGAGUGCAAUGAUUUCAAAUAUCAUGAUGAAAUACAUGGAUGGCUUAUGCACAAUGCAGAUAACUAUGGAGAAGAAGCUUGAUCGGGAGAGGCGGCGCACACAAAGGUAUUUCAUGGAAGCUAACAGAAACGUUAUGAUGUAUCACCAUCAGCUCUCCAUGAUAUCACAGGAGUAUUGUGAUAAGUCAAGCCUGGGAAGUAGCAGUGGAACAGCCAGUCUGAAGAGUGAAUCAUCAGAAACAACUGACAGCCCACUGGACGACUUGCAUAGGUUGCAUCUCAAAGACGAUGAGAGACUGAGUGAUGCAGUAUUUCUUGAGAAUAUUAACUCUGCCGUAAACAUAGAAAAAGAUGUUUAUCCAGAGAUGGAAGAUGAGUUGAACAUUUCAGAUCACUCAAGCAGCUCGAGCCCAAGCCCCAUAAAAGAUUCUGCUCUCACUACUUUACCAAGAAGUAUCAGUUAUAUUGGCAUAGAGAGUCAACAUGAGGCAGAGCCUGGAAGAAAGGCAAGGCAUUCAGAUACCAAAUCUAGACCAGCAUCUGCAGGAAUAGCAGUGUCUCAACGGAAAGUACGUCAAAUCAGUGACCCAAUCCAACAGAUUCUCAUCCAGCUGCACAAAAUCAUAUAUAUUACACAGCUUCCACCUACUUUACAUCACAACUUUCGAAAAAGUGUCAUUGAGAGGUUUAAGAAAUCACUAUUUAGUCCACAGAGCAAUCCUUGCAACUUGAAAGCAGAACUUAAAAAGAUUCUUCAAGGAUCCCCUGAACUGAUUGAACUGAACUUCGUGACAGCAGAUUGCAGUUUAAUGCACCAGAUAUCCAGGGCGAAUGCAGCAUUCCCUGGAGACAGAGCAGUGAACACCUACAGCUAUGAAUAUGAAGAAGGAAUAACUUACGAGCAGAUGCAGAUGAUGAUUGAAGAAGUUCUUAUUGAAAGUGGUUAUUAUGACAUCCUCAACACCGUGAAUAGAAAUCACACUUACCCAUGGACAAUCAAGAACCAUUUGACUGCACGGAGAUGCAACAUUCUAGGGUUGCUGCAAUCUGAAGUAAGAUCAGAAAUUGCCAGAAAUACCCAGCAGCACAGACAAUAUCGGUGGAGAGGGAAACAGGUCAUGUGAGGUCAGUGAACUGCUUCUGCUAAAAACACCACAACCUGAAAUAUUGACUGUUCACACUCACCACACUUGCUACUUUACAUGCAAACCAUCUCUUCACUACCAUUCAUCUCAAGCGUCAGUCUAAUCAAAUCGGAGGUAGAUUUUUGGGUGAAUGAGGUUGGUCUCAUAAUUUUUCAGUCAUGUUCUACUAUUCUAGUCUAAAUAAUGUACGUAGCUGGCAAAGGCUGAUUCAAAUGCAACACUGGCUGUGCCUUCACCUGUUAGUAAGUAGCUUUAGGUAGCGACAUUCUCUUUAUUAUUUAGUAUAACCAACAUAUUUCAAAACUCAGAAGUCCAAGUCUUCAGUCUUAAAAUAUUUUACUGCUUCUUUAUGAACAUGAAUAUUUGAACUUGCAUAAGAUGCACUAAUGUUACUGAAUAUUAAUUAGUAAUAGCUGCUCAUGCAAGACUUAAUUUAAGCUGUACCUCAUUGCGAAUGUACUAGUAUUAUCAGUGCACUAAGGAUUCUCAUAUCUUCCAAAAAUUGUGAUCUUGGCAAAAAAACUCCAUCAAUUUACAGUUUUCAAUAAUUCAUCAAAGUCUAACAUCUCCAGACUUUUGAUAGUCCACAUAGAAACUUGUGACACAGGCACAUAAUUUACAAGGAACAAAAAAGCAGCUCAAAGUGUCAUGCAUUUAUUA